AAGAUUGAUUUAAUGUGAAUGGAAUUAGCUAAUGAAGCUGAAGAUUGGAACGCGAUAGGGAGGAGGAAUGAAAUGGGAGUUCCAUGUAUGAAAACAUAUUUUAAAUCAAUUCGACUUGUGACGUGAAGAAAACCUUCAAAACAAACGACAAGCGGUCGUUUUCAAUGAUGAUAACAUUUAAAUGGGAUUCCGUGUCCACGCAGUUGUUGAUUACAAG